AUGCCGCAGUACGGAGCUCAAAAUUGUUUUCUUCUGCGGGAGCUUUUCAACCAUGUGGGGGAUGGAGGAUCCUUUUGGCAAAGACAAGCUCUCGUGCUGGUAUUCGUGUGCCUCGCGGCGUUUUUGAAUUCCAUCACAGUCAUACUUCAUUUCGUUGGCCAGAACUGGAUGGCUCGUUGCUUGCAGUUCCAUCUCGCAAAACAGGUUGUGAGGGCUCAGAGGAGGGCCGCGCAAGACAGAGCUUUUCGCUUAGGCAGCACGGUUGGACACACCGGCACCGGGGGCACACCUGAGUUUCUGUGCGCUUGCAAAGGCUGUAGGAAACUGAGCUCUGUGCUGAACCCACAACAACGGCAAGCACUUGAGGCGAGCAGAGUUGUUAGAGUGAGGAAGCUUCUCGGUCAGCAAGGACUGCACGCUGAGGCCGCGAACAGCUCACAAUGGUGCUCUGACCUAACAAUCAUGCGCUAUCUUGACUCGUACGGCUCUUGCCCUGCUCUCGCGGCGAAAUAUUUAGCCGCUACCAUUAAGUGGAGGAUCCAAAAUUCUGUCCAUGAGCUUACUGUCACUGAGUUUACUGAGGAGCUCAGAAAAGGUGUCGUUUCUUUCGGUGGGUUUGAUUCGCAGUCACGACCGGUUUUCAUCGUCCGGUUCGUACCUGGUUUCAGCUUGAGACUUUUAAUUUUCAUGCUUGAAGUUGGUGAAAGCAUCAUUCGUAACUCUAUGGAGCCUGAUGUGCUGCGCAAGGAUGCGCCAAGCGCAUCAGCCACUCCAGGUGUCUGGCAAAGGAUAUACCGUUCAAUGUUUCGGGGUAUGAAACGGGUAGAAUCUGACCGCAAGGUGCAAAAUCGGGAUCGAUGGGUCUGGAUCGUGGAAUGGGGGAGCGUUCAGAGAGAAUGCACCCGGGAAGCUUGCACGCAAUGCACCCCUUCCGAAGACAGCCCUGUCCCUACAAAAUACGCCGGCGGUGUCUCCGCAUCGGAGCUUAUAGGCGCCUUCCGAAUAUGUAAUGAGCACUACCCGAACCGCUUGCAUGCUGCAUACGUCCUUGGAGCACCGGAACCUAUCGUAUCGCUGUUCAGAAUCUUGGCAAAGAAGUCUACGAAGCGGAAGGUGCGAUUUGUGCGACUAAGAGACGGAUGUGAUAGGGGUUCGCUUAGCGAAUACGGUCCAAUAUGGCGCCGGCCCUGGGCUGCUACGGAUUUUAUUCAGCUGAUCAACUAUAUUGAUGGAUCACUUGCCGUACAGAAGAGCAAAUAA